AUGCAGUCUACGACUGAGAAAGAGCAACAGCCGACUGAGUAUGAGGGACACCUGGAAAUAUCUCAGAAACGGCAGCUGCAGGCAUCGGCAAUGCCUUCAAAUCGCGUCAGCCGGCUGUACCAUUACGGGUCGCUUGCAGUGGGCCUUGGCCUGGGAGCGCUGGGCGAGGCGACCAAGCGGUGGAGCGGGUUCAGCGACUCGUCGGACCAGUCAUCGGUCAUGCUGAGCCGGGCCAACAUCGACCGGAUCGUCGACAAGCUGUCCAAGAUGCGUGGAGCCGCCCUGAAGCUUGGCCAGAUGCUGAGCAUCCAGGACUCCAAGAACAUGACACCCGAGAUCGCUGAGGUACUGCAGCGCGUGCAGAACGCUGCCAACUACAUGCCGGUGCGGCAACUCGAGAAGCACAUGCGCAGGCAGCUCGGGGCCGACUGGCGCGACAAAUUCACCGAGUUCCAGGACGAGCCGUUUGCUGCUGCGUCCAUUGGGCAGGUCCAUGAAGCGAGGAUCGCGAUGGCUGAGCACGGGUUCACCAAGGUCGCCGUCAAGGUGCAGUAUCCGGGAGUAGCUGGCUCGAUCGAGAGCGACCUGAGCAACCUGCAGUCGCUGCUGGUUAUGAGCAAGCUGUUGCCGCGCGGCAUGUACCUGGAGAACACAAUCAAGGUUGCGCGCAAGGAGCUUGAGUGGGAGUGCGACUAUGUGCGGGAGGCCGACGCCAUCACAAGGUUCAGCGAGUUCCUUGCCUCUGACAAGGACUUUGUUGUGCCCCGGCUGGUGCCUGAGCUCACCGGCAAGAUGGUGCUGACCACCGAGUUCAUGGAUGGCGUCGAUAUGAAGAAGGUCGAGACGCUGAGCCAGGAGGUGCGCGACCACGUGGGAACCAGCGUUCUGAAGCUGUGUCUGCGCGAGCUGUUCGAGUUCGAGUUCAUGCAGACCGACCCGAACUGGGCCAACUUUAUGUACAACACGGAGACUGGCAAGAUCGUGCUGCUGGAUUUCGGCGCCUCGCGCGGAUUCGGCAAGGAGUUCCUGGACAAGUACCUGAACACGCUCAAGUCAUCCAUGGAGGGCGACCGCGAAGGUGUGCGCCACUGGUCGACCGAGCUCGGGUUCCUCACCGGCUACGAGGCUGACGUGAUGACCAACGCCCACGUCGACUCUGUGCUGGAGAUUGGCAAGCCGUUCCGAAGCCCCGGACUGUACGAUUUCGGCAACCAGGAUGUGUCGGAUAAUGUGCGAGAGGCUAUCCCCGUGAUGCUGCGACACCGUCUGACGCCGCCGCCGGACGAGACAUACAGCCUGCAUCGCAAGCUCAGCGGCGCCUACCUGCUGUGCAUCAAGCUGGGCUCGCGCGUGCCGUGCCAGGACCUGUUCAAGUCGAUCACGUCAAAGUACACGUUCAGCGAUGGUUCUAAAGUCACUUACUAA